UUGAUUACAUGCAAUUGAUGUGAUGGAAUUUUUUUUUCUUUUUUUUUAAACAACUUGACAUGCAAUUAUUCCGUUUUAUUAAUUUCCAUUAUUUAAAUAGAAUUAUAGCCACCAAUCUGUACACAAAAACUACACAGAUUGAAACAGCAGCAAUGUCUAAUUUAAAAUGUACUCAUCUAAAAGAUUUAAACAAAUCAGCAUUCUAUUUAUUUGAACGAUUAAUUCAGGCCGAAGAAAUUCAAUAUUUGAAUAAUAUUUUUCAUUCAAAUGGUUUUGAAAUUCGAAUGGCUGGAGGUGCUGUACGUGAUAUAUUAUGCAAUAUUGUUCCGAAUGAUAUUGAUUUUGCUUCGGAUGCUAAACCGGAUGAAAUGAUUAAUAUAUUGAGUGAUAAACCUGAUAUACGUUUAAUAACGACCACAUCGGGUACGAAGCAUGGAACUGUUACGGCACGAAUAAGAGAUAUUUCACAAUAUGAGAUUACAACCUUACGAAUCGAUAGAAAUACUGAUGGUCGUCAUGCAGAAGUUGAAUUUAUCAAUGAUUGGAAGCUAGAUGCAUCUCGAAGAGAUUUAACUAUCAAUUCCAUGUUUAUCGAUUUGAAUGGAAUACUUUAUGAUUAUUUUAAUGGAGAAUCUGAUCUAAAAAAUAGAUUAAUUCGAUUUGUUGGUGAUGCCGAUAAACGUAUCAAAGAAGAUUAUCUUCGAAUAUUUAGAUAUUUUCGUUUUCAUACACGAUUUGGUAUGGCUGGUUCACAUGAACCACAAGUUAUUGAUAUAAUACAAAAUAAUAUCGACGGUUUGAAGACAAUCAGUGGUGAAAGAAUUUGGUCCGAAAUGAAACGAAUUUUGAUGCACAUAAAAUGUUCUGAUUCCAUUGAAAUGAUGUUCAAUCGAUUGAAAAUUGGCAAAUAUUUGGGUUUCACUAAUGAAAUUGAUUUGACCGAAUUUUUUAAAGUUCAAGAAAAUCUAAACCAAACAACGAUGAUUUGGAAAGUGCAAACAUUAUUUGCAUCAUUAAUCAGUGAUAUUGAUGAAUUAUCAUCCAUUACUUUGAGACUAAAAUUAUCCAAUAUUGAACGUGAUACCAUAGCUUAUAUUAUAACGAAUCGAACUACCAAUAAUGAAACUAUGAGCUAUGAUCAUCAUCUACAUAAUCUACGAACACGAUUAGCAUUAGCACCUAAACCUAAUCAGAAAAAUUUAAAAGAAUUCAUGAUACAAUUUCUUAUCUAUGAAGGAAAAGAUGAAAAUUUCAUCAACGAAUUACAACAAUGGUCGAUACCUGUAUUUCCAUUCAAUGGAACAAUGAUAAUGGAUAAAAUUCGUAAUAAAAAAGAAAUGGGUAUUAUACUCGAACAAAUUCGUAUGACAUGGGCUAAACAGAAUUUCACGAUGACAGAAGAACAAUUUUAUAAUGAUGUGGAUAAUAUCGUCAAUAGGAUACAGAAUAAUAAUAAUAAUAAUUGUCAAAAUCAUAAUAAUGGAUAAAAUAAAAUUCUA